CUUCGCUCUCCAAGUUCCAUCGAAACCGGUAUUUUUACCUUUUCUAAUCACAUAAUCUAACCAAAUCGCGUUUCAAGUGUUGCGCGGAUAUUUCGCACGGGAUUCUUAAUCGUCAACCACCCGCCACCUCCCCUCUGCACGAUGUCGGUCGUUCCUCUGAUGUUCAGAGAUUGGUGGGACGAUCUUGACCGCCCCACGUCGCGCCUGAUAGACCAACAUUUUGGAAGCGGACUGGACCGGGAAGACCUGCUUUCAGGACUUUCGAGUCUGAGUCUAGCUAGGCAAAGGCCGGUGUUUGGCAGCCCGGGAUACUACAGGCCUUGGCGCAACAUCGUAAGGCAAAAUUCGGGUGGUGCAAGCACCGUCCAAGCCGACAAGGAAAAGUUUCAGGUGAUACUUGACGUGCAACAAUUCUCACCGGAUGAAAUAACGGUCAAAACCGUCGACAAUAACGUUGUCGUCGAGGCGAAACACGAGGAGAAGCAGGAUGAGCACGGCUACAUCAGCCGGCACUUCGUUAGGCGUUAUCUCCUCCCCCCGACCCACGAAGUCUCGGACGUUACCUCGAGCUUAUCUUCGGAUGGUGUUCUCACUAUUACUGCUCCAAAGAAGUCCGUGACCGCACCCGGGACGGAGAGAGUAGUGAACAUCGUAAAAACUGGUGUACCUGCCGCAAAGCCCGAGGAACAGAAGAGCAGCUAACCACGCAACGGAAUGAAUUAAUUAAGGAUAAGCAAAUACGUCGCAUAAGUUAUUGUACCUAUAUAUACAAUUGUAUACCAAAAUUACAAAAUUUGGAAAUUUUCUUUUCUGGAUUUGACGCUCCGGUACAGGCACGAUUCAACCAACGUUCGUAUACCCGAUUUAUGUAAUUAAAAACGUAAUUCUUGAUUGAGUAAGAACAAAGAUAAUCUUAAGUAUAUCGUACUAAUAAUCAUAUUAACCUGAGGCUCGACGGACCGCCGCUGUGCCCGCGCUGUCGUCUUUUCACAUCGUACCGUCGAUGGUAUUAUCGCCCACUGUCAGGUGUAAUAAAAUGAA